CUUCUAUGCACAAUGGCUACCCCGAAUAUUGUUGAUUUCGCAUCUCCCACCUCGCCUCAGACCCUCCAGACCUCCGACCAGCCUCCGCACGCCGCUUCCCGCGACGCACCCCUUCAACUCGACACCCGCUUAGAUGUCCAGUCCACCCCUGGGAGGAUGCGCUCCGGGAGCCAGCGCUCUGCUGCAGCUUCCCACCUCGAUGGCAACAAUCUGCUUUCGCCCACCCUUUCUGCCACUUCGUCCAUUCUGCGCCGACGUCCCGCUCGCUCCAAUACUGUCCACCAUUACCACACCCCGACGCGUUCCACCAUAGAAUAUGAGGAGCCUGGUGCAGAGCCUGGCGUCGAUACCAGCAAAGACGCGGAUCCGCCCCAGUACGCUAGCUUGUACGAGGAAUGCCAGAUCACCGUCGUCGACUUCUCCGAUGAGAGGGUGGAAAAGACAUAUCUGGAGAACGAUGAGCUGGAGGGAUUCCUGUCCAAGCCUCAGGAGGAAUGGGUGCAGUGCCGCUGGAUCAACGUCAAUGGAUUGAGCUGGGAUGUCAUCAAAUUGCUCGGUAGCCACAAGCGCUUGCACAGUCUGGCCAUAGAGGAUUUGAUGAACACAAGGGGCCGCACAAAAGCAGAUUGGUACUCUGAUCAGGUCUUCUUGUUAUUGACUCUCGCCAAGCUCGUUCGUGUUCCCGACGACUCCGACAGCAGUGAUUCCGAUUCCGACGACGACGAUGAUGACGAGCCAAGGAAGCCAAGCCGGCCUCGAAACCAAGGCUUCUCUAGUAAGCUCGGCCGACUCUUUGGUAGAAAGUCCAACGACCGCGACCUAAAUACAUGGGAUUCUCAAGAAAAGGGUUAUGGAAAAGACCGUCCCAGCCGGCCACGAAAUCGCAUUCCUGGUCAGCAUGCUUCUCAGAUACGCACAUUGCAACGCUUCCGAGGCGGGCCGAAUCUCGAUAGAACCUUAUACAUGGAACAGCAUUCGGCUCUAACAAGCCGAAAGCUCGCCGUCAGUGUGGAACAGGUGUCCGUGUUUCUGUGUGCCGACAACACCGUCAUCAGUUUUUUCGAGCACUCAGCCCCCGAGGUGGAGGAGCCCAUCCUUAGGCGCUUGAACAGAGAGAACACCAUUCUUCGUCGUAGUGGAGAUAAUAGCAUGAUUGCUCAGGCCAUCAUAGACGCCAUUAUAGAUCUGGCCAUGCCCGUAGUAGCGGCCUACGAAGACGCCAUGGGCGAACUGGAGCUUGACGUCUUGCGAGACCCCGGCAUUACCCACUCCCAGCAACUGUACAUAUUGAUUUCGGAAAUCGCUAUCCUACGCAAUACUGUGCAGCCCAUCAUCUCUCUCAUCAAUGCUUUGCGAGAGCACAAACCAGCAGACGUCAACGCCACUCCAGGACCGUCUUACUUCCCUACCCGAAAGGUCAUCUCCUCCGUCACCAUCUCCCCGCUCGCUCAUACCUACCUCGGCGACGUGUUGGAUCACUGCUUGAUGAUCACAGCCUCACUGGACCAAAUGCGCCGCGCAGGUGACAGUCUAAUCGAUCUCAUCUUCAACACAAUGGGGGCCUAUCAAAGCGAGAUCAUGAAAAUCCUCACCGCAGUGACCAUUUUCUUUCUCCCACUCACCUUCUUGGUUGGUUACUUUGGGCAAAAUUUUGAAGACUUCCCCGCCGUCAAGGACAACAGCCCCCAGUUCUUCUGGAUCAUUGCAGCGCCUGUUUGCUUUGGGACUGCAGUGAUACUCAUGGCCUUUCCCAUAUACCGCAAUUGGAAGAAGGUGCGCGGCAGGUGGACCUUGGGGAAGGCGAGGAGGCGUGCGGGGCCCAUGGGCGAGACACGGAAGGGUGUCAAUUCCGGCAUGGCCUUGGCUAUGGGCUUGCAGAAAGAGCAGCGCCCCAGCAAGAAAACUAGGAACAACAGCGGGAUGAAAAUGAAGAAGAGGCAGACUAUGUAUUCAAAGGGCAAUAUUGGGUCUUUUUAG